CCCGGCCUGCCUUUUGUGUCACACUCCUGCACCCGUCGUUAGCGACCCACUUCGUCACACCGCCGUGGAUAAAAUCUGCCGAACGCAUGGAGGACGGAGGUGCUUCAAGGCUGAGCUGAAGGACGCAACUGUCAGUACAUGAAAAACCAACACAGCUGUAUUCUCUGUCCUGGAGCCAUGGUCAGCCCAGUUCAUCCAGGGCUCCCACGGUGAGGGAGAGAAUGUGAGGGGAUCCGCACAUCGGCCAUGUGGAGACCGGAGCGUCAGAGAGGCCCCAGACCUGCUGCCCGGCUGUCUCCUGGUUCCUCAAGCGAGGACGCUGCUCGUAGCCAACAUCCAGCUGGUACCUCCACGGCCUGGCGGGCCUCGGAAAAGGGACUUAAUGGCAGGAAUUAUGAUGAGCUAAACAGGAAUCUCGCAGUGAAUUUACUGGACUCCCGAUCUGUAGUGGAUGACCUGGGGUGGAUCGCCUAUCCCAAGAACGGGUGGGAAGAAAUUGGGGAGGUGGAUGAGAACUACUCCCCAAUUCAUACGUAUCAGGUGUGCAAGGUGAUGGAGCACAACCAGAACAACUGGCUUCAGACCAACUGGAUUCUGACUGAGGGGGCGCAGAGGGUCUUUGUGGAGCUCAAGUUCACCCUGAGGGACUGCAACAGUCUCCCCGGUGGCCUAGGGACCUGCAAGGAGACCUUUAACAUAUUCUACUUCGAGUCGAAUGAGAAGCAGGAGCGUGUCAUCCGCGAGAGCGACUACGUCAAGAUCGACACCAUCGCGGCCGACGAGAGCUUCACGGAGCUGGACCUUGGCGACAGGGUGAUGAAACUCAACACGGAAGUGAGGGACCUGGGGCCUCUGACCAAGAAGGGCUUCUACCUGGCCUUCCAGGACGUGGGAGCUUGCAUCGCCCUGGUCUCCGUACGCGUCUUCUACAAGAAGUGCCCAGCCGUCGUCAAGAACUUGGCCCUCUUUCCGGAUACCAUCACUGGGUCGGACUCCUCUCAGCUCCUGGAGGUUUCGGGGAUCUGCGUCAACAUGUCGGUGGCAGAGGACCUUCCCAGAAUGCACUGCAGCGCAGAGGGGGAGUGGCUGGUGCCCAUUGGGAAGUGCAUGUGCCAGCCAGGUUAUGAAGAGCAGAAUGGAACGUGCCAAGCCUGCAGACCUGGCUUUUUCAAAGCCUCUGCCCAGAGCCCCAGCUGCAACAAGUGCCCCCCCCACAGCUUCACCAGGGCGGAGGGCUGCACAUCCUGCCAGUGUGAGCCGGGCUACUACCGUGGAGGCUCGGACCCGGACAACAUGGCCUGCACCAAGCCCCCAUCUGCCCCCCGUAAUGCCAUCUCCAAUGUGAACGAGACCAGCGUCCUCCUGGAGUGGGCCCCCCCCGCGGAGACGGGUGGCCGGCGUGAUAUCAGCUACAGCGUGGUAUGCCGGAAGGUGGGCUCGGACCCGUGGCGCUCCGAGGAAUGUGGCGGCCAUGUGCGCUAUCUGCCGGGCCGGACAGGCCUGCGGAACUGCUCCGUCAUGGUGACUGACCUGCUCGCUCACACCAACUACACCUUCGAGGUGGAGGCUGUCAACGGCGUGUCCUACCUGGUGGCCCCGGUCCGGCGGUUCGUCACCCUCAACGUCACCACCAACCAGGCCGGCACGAUGCCCCAGAGGGCUGAGCGCUGGGGCCGCAGAGUGCACCACCGCACCAUGCUCCUCAACGCCCCGCAGGUUUCCUCCGGCGAUGUGGGCUCGAAAGGUGAGAGCGCGGCUGUGUGUGACAGAUCGCCGUGUGACAGAUCGCCGUGUGACAGAUCGCCGCGUGUCGAGUGGCACCCGGGAAAAGCAGACAAUGCGCUAGGAGCUAAUUCCUGCCCGCAUCUCCCUCGCUCAGGUAAACCUGUGAUGAUCAUCACGGAGUAUAUGGAGAACGGGUCGCUGGACACCUUUCUGAAGAAGAACGACGGGCAGUUCACGGUGAUCCAGCUGGUGGGGAUGCUGAGGGGCAUCGCGUCAGGCAUGCGCUACCUCUCCGACACGGGCUUUGUGCACCGCGACCUGGCCGCCCGCAACAUCCUGGUCAACAGCAACCUGGUGUGCAAGGUGUCCGAUUUCGGCCUGUCCCGGGUUCUGGAGGACGAUCCGGAGGCCGCCUACACCACCAGGGGGGGGAAAAUCCCCAUCCGCUGGACGGCCCCCGAGGCCAUCACCUUCCGCAAGUUCACGUCGGCCAGCGAUGUGUGGAGCUACGGCAUCGUCAUGUGGGAGGUGAUGUCGUAUGGCGAGAGGCCCUACUGGGAGAUGAGCAACCAGGACGUGAUCAAGGCGGUGGAGGAGAACUACCGGCUGCCGGGCCCCAUGGACUGCCCGGCUGUGCUCUACCAGCUCAUGAUGGACUGCUGGCAGAAGGAGCGCAACAGCAGGCCCAAGUUUGACGAGAUCGUCAGCCUCCUGGACAAGCUGAUCCGGAACCCCAUCUCUCUAAAGACCCUCGUCAACUCCUCAGACAGGGAGUCCAAUUUGCUGGUGGAACCGAGGUCCCUGGACGGCCCCGUCUUCCAGUCGGUGGAGGAUUGGCUGGAGGGCAUGAAGAUGGGCCGCUACGUGGAGACCUUCAUGGAGAGUGGCUACACCACCAUGGAGCUGGUGGCUCAGAUGACUCUGGAUGAUCUGCGGAGGGUGGGCGUCAGUCUCGCCGGACACCAGAAGAAGAUCGCCAGCAGCAUCCAGGAGAUGCGCGUGCAGCUGAUGAACGGCAGCGUGACGUUCUGAGCCAGGGCUGGGGCCCCCACCGCCUCUCCUGCACCCCAAUCUGCACUAUUUUCCUGGGAAUGUUCGAAAAUUUUUAAACGUAGACAAAAAAAUUGUUUUCGGUCAUUCGUCAGAGUCGUCAGCAUGCGCAGGGAUAACUCCAGAACAGCGGCCGCUCGGAAUGGCCCGGCAAGUCCCCGAAUUCCCGAGAGCAGCUGACUAGCCUCCGGGCCCAGAGAGCACGGCCCACACAGACCUCCUGAACCCAGAGAGCCCGGAUCCGUCCUCUAAAGAGCACGGGAAGUCAGACUUUCACAGGAAGGUGUUCUGCAAUCACACGUUACAGUGAAACCCGAGUAUCAGAAAGCAAUAUGUAAUGUAAAGCCUGUUUCUUUUUCAUCACAGACAGGGAGAUAGUUGCCAUAUUCGUGUAUUAAAGAAAAAUCCAUAAAAAACGUAGAUUUGCUAUUAGUCUUUAAGGUACAUCGAGGUGUAAAUAAUGUAAAAUUUGGUACAAACUUCAGGACCUCAUUUUUGAAGAGGUUGCUACUUUGUACACUGAGAUAUAGACGUGUGAGAGCAGGAGGGCAUGCAGAGCGGCUUAGAGAAGGAGGUACUAAUGCGGCCCUUGGUGUUUAGGCCAGACCUGGAGACUAAAUGGGUGUUUCUGUUCUUUGUCCAUUCUUAAAUUUGCCUUUGCUGAUCAAACGUGCAGCUUACUGUUAAACCAAACCCACGGAGAGUGGCUGCUGGAAUCGUUUGAACUUUUUAAAGUUUGUUUGUAAUAGCGCUAGGAAUUUAGGAUCACGAUGGCGAAUCCUUUUCAGAACGUGACCCAUAAAAUGCUAAUAGCCAGCAGUGUUUUUAAUUCCAGCUAAUGAUUAAUCUUUGAAACGUAGACAUGUGUAUUAGUGCGCUGAAUGCGAUUUUCCUUUGAUGGUGUAGCUAGCGCCAAGUUAGCUUUAAAGUAAAGCCCUGACCUGCAUCCUGGGAGCUAAGCACAGCCAAAACAGCAGGCCGCAGGCAGACCGCAGGCAGGCCGCUCUCCCCUCAGUCCUGUCAGGGAAGGCAGAUAGUAAAGAGCACAGCCGGGACAAACCCCAGGGACACCCAGUGCACCAGGUCACUGGCACCAGGGCCAAGAUUGCCUGCUUUCAUCUCUUUGUGUGAACGGCGUGUAAAUUGGAGUGGAUACUCUGCUUCUAAAUAGGUUCAGUAUUUAUUAUUAAAGCUUUACUGAUUAUUUAUAAAAGUAGUGUAAUUGUUGAUUAUAUAUUGUAUAUUUGAAGUUUUUUUUUAAUUUAUUUGCUUUUUACAAACAGGCAGGUAAAAUAGACAUGUCCUCUUUUUGUUCAAAGACUGACUGGCUCUAUGAUUUAAAUGUGUAAUGAAAAUGGGACGGGCUGGGGUUGGCGAGAGCAAAGGGGACCCCUUCGCACAGCCCAUGCAGUGGUUCAUCCCGUUUCUGAAGGGUUUAUUGGGGCCGUGUGUGUCUGUGAGAUACGUUAGACUCUCUCUAUAUAUGGACAGUGAUUGUUUUGUAUAUCAGGAAUUAAUUUAUUGCUUUUAAUGAGUGUGUUUGCACAUAUACUUGAUUAAGAGUACUAGGUAAGACCGUUCUGCAUGAGAAACUGUACUACGGCAUCUCGGGUUGGGUGAGGUGAAUGGUGCUUAACUAUGCUGUUAGCAGUUGAUAAAGGUUAAGUGACCACUUGGUGUAAGCGUUACUUAGCGGGUUGUGGUUACACAGUAUGGCUGAUGAAUCACCACUCAGAGAUGUAUUUUCCAUCCAUAAUACCCAGAUCAUUUCCUAUGUUGACUGCAGCCAUUUCUUAAAUAGCUUAAAGUUAAUGAAGACAAAGUCAGUCUUUUCAUACCAGGAGUGGUAUUUAAGCGUAAGGUAAUAGGGGUGCUUUGGUAUUUACAUUAAUAUAAAAGUCUUUUGUAGUCAAAGUGAAGGAUCCCUUGUAAAAAUGUUAGUCAAGGUUGGGAACAGACAAAUUUCCACAACUGAUUAGACAGAAAGGCCUCUAGUGUCUCUCAGACAGAAGUUGAGAUGUUUUGAUGGUAGUAUAGGAUACUGAUUAUUAUUGAGACAGAGUGAUUACUGUCUUGCACAAUUUGGUGGUUGUAAAUUUCCCAAACAACCCUUGUAAUGUCUGUGACUCCAGUGAGUCAAAUCGGUGGUCACAGCUGAUAAACCUGUCCUACUCCGUCUC